AGAUGCUUUGGAGUUACGCGGUCAUGCUCCGGUCUGAAAAUUUCUGCGUCCCGCAGUUGCUUUCUGUGCCCGGAGGAAGCCUCCUGCAUUUGGCUGCUUCCCGCUGUUCGUAGGUAUGAGAAAUACAUGAAUGCCCUUACAUUUAUCGCCUCCAUUCCCAUUCGCACCUACGUAUGGGUGGAAAAUCGCCUGGCCCCCGUGCGAGCAUCGCCGCCGUCGGCUCUUCUGACCAUCGUUGGCCGCCUCGCUGUCACCCACUCCUCCAACUCCAUUCUGUGGGAGACGGAGAACUCUACUCCUGCCGCCGCAGUUCAGCAAGUCGACGCUGGAAACCUUGUACUACUCUCUGUCGGCGGCCGAGGAGCCAUUGCGUGGCAGAGCUUCGACUUCCCCGCCGACACAUGGCUGUCGGAGAUGGCAGUGACGGGCAGCAUGGCGAUCACUUCAUGGCGAAGCCCCAUGGAUAUGUCUCCCGGUGAGUUCUCUCUCCGGCUUCGCCCGCCAAAAUUCGGUGAGUUCGAGCUCGUCUUCAAUGGCUCGGUUUCGUACUGGUGGACGGGGAACUAG